GCCAUGGAGUCACUUAAAUAAAGGUUGCUUGACUUUGAACGCUCAGUCACCUGCUGGCUGUCAAACUGUUGUCAACGGAUAAUUUCAACACAGCUGUAACUUCACAGCAAGCCAUCAGACAACUCCUACCCUCACCAUGGUCCUCACCCUCUACGGCACCGAGGUCAGCCCACCGGUUCGCGCAGUGCGCAUGGCGUGCAAGGCAACGGGCAUCGAGUACGACUUCCAAGUAGUCGACGUAAUAGCCGGAGAGCUAAAAAAGCCAGAGUUUUUGAAGGUGAACCCUCACCACACUGUUCCGUUCAUAAGGGACGGUGAAUAUGUUCUUUGGGACAGCCACGCCAUCGUGACGUACCUGGGUGACUAGUCCGGAAACGAAAGCUGAUACCCAAAGGACAUCAAGCAGAGGGCCACCAUACAUCAACGCCUUCACUUCGAUAACGUGAUGCUGUUCACAAGAAUGAAAAACAUUCUAGCGCCAAUUUUUUUUGAAAAUGUAAGGGAGAUACCACCAGAAAAAGUGAAGGGCUUGCAGGAGUCCCUGGACUUAAUGGAGCCCAUCAUCCACGAGGGGGGCUGGCUUGCAGGAAGUCACCCGACCAUUGCUGACUGCUGC